GGUAAAGUACAUGAGACUCUCAACAGAUGUCCGCGGAAAUGGUCUGAACAUCCAGGACGAGUGGGAAGGGCGUUUCAUGAUAUUUACUCUGAACCAAAUGACAAACUAAAAAGGGAUCUGUCUUUGUGUCCAAUCUCCCCUGGUAAGAAUGAAGGGGUUAUUGCUGAUAGAGCCACUGGUAGCCUUCUAUGCUUUCGCCAGUUUCCUGGUCUAUCCUCUGGUACCGCAGUAUGUCUACAGGAGGCUAUGGCAGGAUAUAACCAACACCACCUACCCUGUCUCUGACAACACGUCACGCUGCGAUCCCUCCAACACCAGCAGCCACAAUGAGGAGGUGCAGAAGGCGGCGUCUCUCUUCUCCCUCUACACCGAGCUCAUCUCCAUUAUCCCCUCUCUGGCCGUCACCUUCAUCCUCGUUGCCUACAGCGACCAGCGCGGACGCAAGAUCACCAUCAUCCUGCCUCUGAUUGGUUCUCUGUUCUACGCGCUGUCCUUCCUGGCAGUCUCCUUCUUCGAGCUUAACCUCUACCUCCUCAUCGUCUCGUCGUUCGUCAGCGCCCUGUUCGGGGGCUCGGGGACGUUCCUGGGUGGCUGUUUCUCCUACAUCGCUGACCUGUGUGAGGACGGACAGCAGAAGACCCUGCGUAUGGCCGGGAUAGACAUGGUGAUCGGCCUGCUGUCUGGAGUGGCCUCUCUCUCUACGGGAUACUUCCUCCGAGCAGCAGGCUUCAACUGGCCCUUCUUCACCUCUGCUCUGUUCCUGUGUUUCAACCUGCUCUAUGCCAUCUUCAUCUUAGAGGAGACUCUCCAACGACCCCUGGACGCCCCCCUGGACGGCUCCCUGCGUCGCACCGCCAUGCAUCAGCUGGCCUACGGGGCCUACCAACUGUUUGCAGGGGCCAGCAGGAGGCGUAACGUCCUUCUGAUGCUUCUCCUGCUCCUCUUCGGCUCCUUCUCCUUCGUCAACAUGGGCGGGCACUCCAUGAUCACACUCUACGAGCUCAACCAGCCACUGUGCUGGAGCGAGAUCCUGAUUGGCUACGGCUCUGCGCUGUCCAUGACGAUGUUCCUGACCAGCUUCGUGGGCGUGACUGUGUUCUCUCACUGCGGCGUGCCCAACAUCGUCAUCAUUCUCAUAGGGAUACUGAGUGUCAUGGCGGGUAUGACCCUGGUGGCCUUCGCCAAGACCACGGUCAUGAUGUUCCUGGUCAGGCUUCCAAUGCUUCUGGCCAUCAUGCCAUUCCCCGUGCUGAGAUCCAUGAUGUCGAAGAUCGUGUCAAAGACCGAGCAGGGAGCGUUGUUUGCGUGCUUGGCUUGCCUGGACAGUGUGAACAACAGUGUGGCGAUAGCUGUGUUCAGUAGUCUCUACGCUGCCACGGUAACCUGGUACCCUGGAUUCUGCUUCCUGUUGUCUGCUGGACUCUGUGUCAUCCCCUUGGUCCUGCUAGUGAUUGUGGGGCUGCUGGGGGUGGAUGAAAGUAAGGAGGCAGAGGUCCUCAUCCCAGAAGAGGAAGGCCUGGCCGGAGACGAUGACCCUCUCCUCACUUGAGGCUGGGUGGCAGGUAGCGGUUGGGCCAGCAACCAAAAGGUCCUUGGUUCAAAUCAUCGAGCCGGCAAGGUGGAAAAAUCUGUCGAAUGUGCCCUUGAGGUUGCUCUGAAUAAGAGAGUCUGCUAAGUGAACUUUUGUUUGUUGGGCGUCGGAAUCACAGGUGGGUCGGAAUCACAGGUGGGUCGGAAUCACAGGUGGGUCGGAAUCACAGGUGGGCCGGAAUCACAGGUGCGUCGGAAUCACAGGUGGGUCGGAAUCACAGGUGGGUCGGAAUCACAGGUGCGUCGGAAUCACAGGUGCGUCGGAAUCACAGGUGUUGCUUUUGGUUUGAUUUCCCGUAGCCUCUUUUCUCAGCGUCAAUUUCUCUGUAAAGUAAAGGCUGCGUUUUAAACACACCCAAUUCUACUGAUCUCUCACGGUGGAAUAAUUAGUCGCUGUUAUGACGUUGUACAUGAUUCAAUUAUUCACGUUGUUGCAACAAAAAAAAUGGGAAAUAAGCAAAUUGAUUUUCCAAAAUGUUUUAAUAAGUAGCUAAAUGACUAGAAGUCUCUGAAGUGAAAUGAAUAUUGGCUAGAUAUCAAACAGAGCGACCGUAAUAGCAGACAGCGGUAAUCUACCUAAUUCACAGGUAGGUUCUGACUGUAUACCAUGUUCUACUUACCUGUUUUUAUUACUGAUCUGUUUGUGUUGUCGUUACAUGACAAGGCUCAAACUGUCAAACUUCUACAACUCAUUUAGCUCUUUCUCAAUGAUAUGACAUAAUAAUAAUAUAUAAUAAUAUAAUAAUAAUAAUAUAAUAUAAUGACACCAACAUGAUAGACUUGUAUAGACGCUCAAGGAAAUGCACUUUCUGUCUGAACUAUGUCACGACUUCUUAGUUUCCCCUCAAAACUGGUUGAAAAGAUGUCAUUUCAAUGGCAACUGGUUGGAAUUACUUUUUUUUAAGAAGUGUUGCUCUUUUUGGGCUGACCCUAGACCAGUUUGGGCUCUUGCUGUCGUUGUCAUGAUGUCAGAAACAGAUCUAGGAUCAGGAUAAAAAACUUUGUUGGUUGAUAUUUUAACUACACUGUUACAGUAGGUUACCUCCACUUAAUGAUUGAUUAACAAGAACGAUCAAUAACUCAGAACUGAUCAUGUAAAAACCAGCAUAGGCAAAUGGAUGUGAAGGACAGUAUUAGAAAAUACUACUUUAGGGAAAAAUGUUUUUAAAAGUUGUAUUUUGAAACCAUUGGAUGUGUGCUGUUAUCUUUACAAUAAUUUAUGACUGCCACAAAUGUUUGUAAUUGUGUAAAAUAAAAUUCAAAAAACGUAUUG